AUGCGGACUCCGCCGUUACCUUCGCCUGUUGGACCUCUCGCUUCUAUGACUUCUCCCGGCCAGCACCAGCACCACCAGCGCCGCCGUCUCUCUUGCUCGCAGCCAGAGGACAGCCUCAACCUCUGCCAGCAGGACUACCAGCAGGAAGGACUUCCGCAGAGCCAGCAGUACCAGUACCAGGAGAGCCAGGGCUCAUCAAUUCUCGUUUCUGACCUGACGCAGCCGGCACCGCGUCCGAGUCGUGAUACCAACACCACCCCCAGACCUUUCUCGCGCCAUUCCGAGUUUGCUACUUGCGGAAACACUAUCAGAAACAACAGCAAUGAUGCGACAGCACCAGAUCUCGACUUGACAGACGCUGGACUUCAUCAAUCGUCUCAGAAUAGCAAGAAGUCAAGCGGCUCCGUUCUUGAAGAGCUGCGGAAACGCAUGGGUGAGACCAUCAUGAAUCAACAGCAGCAGCAGCAACAGCAGCAGCAGCAGAAGGCGGCACAGUACUACUAUGCCCAGGAAUCUGUUUCUACCGACUCUGGAUUCACUGACUCGGAUACCAACAUGACACCAAACACAUCCGAUGAAAAGGUUACUCAAUCAUCCCAGCCGUCGGUCCCCAGGUCUCCAUCCUCGCGAUCAAUGCGGCCAUCGAGCCUGCCACAACGGUCACUAGUAACUCCUCUGUCGCCGUUUGACACUCAUUCAGCCAAAACCAAUGCCGAAAAGGACGGUCAUCUGGCGUCUUCGGCAGCCUUGAAUUUGAAUACAAACGCUGCCAAUGCUGCGACCUCGAAUGGACUGGGAUUCCACGGCCAGCAGCACCAGCCUCAUUCUCCAUUUCCUCACUCCCCUCGAGGGACAAAACCAAAGCGGCGGUCUAUCAGACACCCUUACACAGCGGACACCCUCAAGAGAAUGAACGAGAUGCCAGCUGCCUCGAUAACAGCUGCUCCUGCAGACUUCUUACCUCCUGGCACCGCACCGAUCGCCGACAGCUCUCCCUACCCGACCCCAAAUCUCUAUGAUAUCACUCUUUCUUUGAAUGCCGACCCUGGCCUUGAUGGGUGGUGGUCCAAUGUGGUACCGAUUCUGAAGACUCACUAUGGCGCUGAAAGGCUCACUCUUGCGGUUCCAGGCGACGCUACUGAUCUAGAGAAUGUCCCAUGGCUGCAGAAGGCUACAUAUAGUAUAUAUGGGAACGAAUCCACGCCAUUCCUCUCGUCGCCACAGCCUCUCCCCAAGGCUGAAUGUGAAAAGCCCUCCUCUAAGGCCCGCUUCAGCGAAGCUACCAAAGAGGACGGCAAUACCUUCAAAUAUACAAAAUCUGUCACUGGUAGUCGUCGUCCAAAGCUGAUGGGUCGUCAUUCGUUUGCUGGUCAUGCUUCUUACCCUUCAGAGAAAUGGAACGAAGAUGCAUCAGGCGGUCCUACGCCGUUAAAGGGUCGCCAUUCACGACGAAAAAGUUCCAGUGGGGAGUUUAGAAAACCGCGUAAGCACAUGCGCGAGGAUGAAAUCAUGGCUGAUGUAUGUGAUUUCAACACUGUCCCGUUGAGUGGGACCUUUCAACAACUGCACCAGCACCGGAACCAGUCCCGUGGACCCAGCGGCGAGUUACUCGGGGCCGCGUCUGGACCUGGUUCAAGGCCUGCGUCCGGGCCACCGAGCCCAACUGCUGUUGUCUUUUCUACUCCUAGAGCAUUGGAAGUUGAGCCUGAGCCAUUGAUUAAGCGGACAGGUGUGGUGAAACUUUUUGGCCGCACAACUCCCGUUGCAUUGACGAGAGAAUACGCUGAUGAUCCCAUGCAAGAUGUCUCGUCUGAUAGCAAUGCAGCGAUUCACAAGCACAAGGACAUCAUCCAGCGUACCCCACGCUCGGAGACACCAGGAGCACCGCUGAAAGGACCCAUGCCAUCCCAUCGAUCCACUCCGUUGUCUCUUAGCCUAGCUUCGGCCCAAGAACGCAGGGGUAUUCCAAAAUCCACACUCAUGGGCCACGAAUACCAGCCGAUUCCCUUUGACCCUUCACCUCCAGCCCAAAAGUACGAAGAAUAUGAACAGACUCCGCCUUCUCCUUGGUCACAGUCGCCUGCUCCAUCUCCCGCUCCUCUCCUAAAACCGGACGUCAAUCCCUUCUUUGCAGAAACAUAUAAUGAGGUGAACGAAGAUGCAUUCGCCUCGAGUCCACCGCCGCACGAUUAUUCAGAAACGGCACCCCUGGAGGCCAUUGGUAUCGAUCGCGCAAAGAGUGUCAUCCACAUUCCCCUAAUCCAUUCUUCCUCGUCACGACAGGGAAGGUCGGAUACGCUCCGCUUUCCUGUUGCUGUCAUAUCCCUCCUAGCUCCCAUAAUCCCAUAUCCAACCAAUCUCCGAAACUCUCUAGCACUACUGCUUCCUCAUCUUACGACCUCAUUUUGCCUUGCGCAGCAGUACAGCCAGCUAGAAAAACAAAGCACGAGCCCUACUGUCGAGCGAUAUGGUCACCUCUUGGGUCUCGGCGGUACCUUUUCAGACGCUAACAGUGAGCUUGAGCUCAUUAAUGGUCUAUCGGGGCAUGUAAACUAUGCAAGCCCCUUGACUCAAUUGGGUGGUGGUGACGCUACUGGUGAGGGAUAUUUUCGAGCUAAGAGCCCGUCUUCGACUGAAAACAAUAACUGCAAUAGCACUGCGGCUGCAGCGUCCGCAAUGGCCAAUAACAGUGUUCAAGGGACACCAACCGAAGGACUGGCUAUUGCAAUCCCUCCAUCACAACAAAAGGCUGCAUACGAUGAAUUAACUUCAAGGGACCCGGGAUUAGUGCAUACCCCUUCGAUUGCCGAAGCUCCGACAAAAGCAAGUCAGAAUACUCCACAGAUGCUCGCCGAAUUUUCACGUCAUUCGUCAACAGGCUCCUUCACCGCUCAAUGGCAUCGUGAGGUCUCCUCGCGCCCCUUCCCAGACACAGUUGCGCAGCUGAUGCUCAACUCGAUACCCUUACACCUCUUCCUUGCAAAGCCACAUACCGGCGAGGUUAUUUGGACCAAUGCAAAGUUUGAUGCGUAUCGGCGAAGCCAGCCUAUGGAACCGCGAGUUCGGGACCCUUGGCAGAACGUUCAUCCUAGUGAAUAUGAAAAGGUACUUAAGCAUUGGACAAAAGCGUUGCGUACUGGAUCGCAGUUUACAGAGCGCGUGCGCGUGAAACGCUUCAAUGAUGAAUCUGAAUACCGUUGGUUUAUCUUCCGGGCAAAUCCGCUCAUAUCAGGGGCGGGUGAGCUUCUGUAUUGGAUCGGCUCAUUUCUGGAUGUUCAUGAACAACAUGUCGCUGAGCGCAAGGCGGCGCAGGAGCGAGAAAUGUUCGCGACCGAUGUCAAAUACAGAGCUCUCGCCAAUUCAAUUCCUCAGGUUGUCUUCGAGGCCGCAGAGUAUAGUGGGUUGAUCUCAGUAAAUGAGCAAUGGGAACUAUACACAGGCCAGUCCCUUGAUGAAGCAAUGACUUUGGGCUUUGCAAAGUAUAUUCAUCGCGAUGAUCUGGAGAAAUGUGGCAUCUUAUCGCCUCCGCAGGUUAUUCCAGAGUCGAAUGAUAUACCUGAGUUUGCCCGUAUAAUGUCUAAUGGAAACCUCGCUGAAACGCUGAAGGAAGCCGAGAGGUGUCGAAGGAAUUCAACACAGGCGUCACCCUCGUCUUCAUCUGCAGAGCAGCAGCAAUAUGAUAAUCCACUCAGAGUGUUUGGUAAAGGCGUAACGCCUGCAUUGCAGGAACUCGUGCGACGAGAAAUCGUUACAAUCCAACGCGAUGAGAACGGUCGAGAUUCCUAUACGACUGAAAUCAGAUUUAGGUCCCGAAAAGGAGAUUUCCGAUGGCACCUCGUGCGGUUGGUCAAGGUUGAGACACCCGACUUUGGCAGCGGUGAAGCGUCGUGGUAUGGUACAUGUACAGAUAUCAACGAUCGCAAGUUAUUGGAGCGUGAGCUCAAUACUGCCCUGCAGAAGUUGAAUAGGGAGAUGGAGUCUAAGACGAAAUUCUUCAGCAACAUGUCUCAUGAGAUUAGGACGCCGCUUAAUGGGAUUUUAGGCACAAUUCCGUUCGUACUUGAUACCUUACUUGACAAUGACCAGAGAAGAAUGCUGGAUACGAUCCAGAACAGCUCAACGAAUCUUCGUGAGCUGGUGGAUAACAUCCUUGACGUGUCGAAGGUGGAAGCAGGGAAGAUGAAUAUUGUCAGGCAGUGGUUCCAUGUCCGAUCGGUACUGGAAGACGCCAUAGACACCAUUAGCUCCAGGGCGAUCGACAAGGGUCUGGAACUAAACUAUUUGGUUGACACCGAUGUCCCUUCGACCGUGCUGGGAGAUCGGUUCCGUAUCCGUCAGAUCUUGAUCAACCUCAUGGGUAAUGCGGUCAAGUUCACUACCCAAGGCGAGAUUUGCACGCGAUGUUCGAUCCUCGUCGAUCCCAACGUUAACACGAAACCAUCUGAGAUCCUGCUUAAUUUCGAAGUCGUGGACACUGGUAAAGGUUUCAAUUCGACAGAUGCAGAGCGCCUGAUGCAACGGUUCAGCCAGAUUGAAACGAACGGGUCGCAACAGCAUGCUGGUAGCGGUUUAGGCUUGUUCUUGUCAAAGCAGCUUGUAGAGAUGCAUGGCGGGCGGUUGACACCUACUAGCAAAGAAGGGCGGGGAGCCAAGUUCUCAUUCUAUGUGAUGGCCGGGGCGCCACCCCAGUCACCUUCGGAGGAGAUUGUCGAGCCCCCCACGCCUGGUCAAGUGAUGGAGAUCCAAGACGAUGACCACCUGUCACGGCCUCCUACCGCCCCAGUAUCGACGGGAGAAGAAAAGCAGCUGCCCAUUGCCAAACCAAAAUCUGAAUAUUAUGUUUCGACUGCGGCUCCGCCAGCACUCUGUUCGCCAAUUAAAUCGAUGGAGGUUGCCACUAUAUACAAAGCGUACAACACAGUGUUAAUCUGUCCGUUUGACUAUGCUCGAGAAGCAAUCAAGCAGCAUAUCGAGCAAGUUGUACCGUAUGGCGUGCAAUCCAAGAUGACCUGCCUGCUGGAUAUGGAAGAUUGGAGGGAGUUAAGACUGAACAAAAAUGAUCCUCUGACGCACCUAGUUCUUGGUCUCCCAGAAGCCCCUGAGGUGACCGAGAUCAUGUCCAGUUUUCUUAAAACCGAUCCUGACGGCCCUCCUAGUCCGACACUAGUGAUAAUAGCAGAUAUCUACCUCAAGCGCAACAUCACUGCCGUAUACAAGGAACUCUUAGCAGCCGGGAAGAGUGUGUUUAUUGUACCCAAGCCCGUCAAGCCAAGCGCGUUUUCCUUGAUAUUCGAUCCCAGGAGCGAGCGCGAGCUGAGCAAAGAUCGAAACCAAGAUAUGGCACGUGAGGUUAACAACAGCUUCAAAAAUAUGUCCAAGAUUGUCAAAGAGGUCAUUGGCAAUAAGGGGUAUAGAGUUUUGCUUGUUGAAGAUGACGAGACGAAUCGGACGGUCAUGCUAAAAUACCUGGAUAAAGUCAAGCUUGUCUCUGAAACUGCCGGGAAUGGCCAAGAGUGCGUCGACAUGGUCUUCUCCAAAGAACCGGGCUAUUACUCGCUGAUAAUUUGCGAUAUUCAAAUGCCUGUUAAAAACGGGUAUGAGACCUGCAAGGAGAUCCGAUCCUGGGAGAAUCACAACCACUUCCCCCAGAUCCCCAUUAUGGCGCUCUCCGCCAAUGCGAUGAUAGACCAGAUCGACGAUGCCGCCCACGCUGGCUUCAACGACUACGUCACGAAGCCGAUCAAACACAACGAGCUCGGUAAGAUGAUGAUGGAGCUGCUCGACCCCAGCACUCCGCGUGUCCUUCUCAAGGAUCGCAAACCUUAA